AGAGAGAGAGAGAGAGAGAGAGAGAGAGAGAGAGAGAGAGAGCGCCUCUCAGCCUUUCCUAUCGUCCAGCCGUGCAGCAGCUCAGCGCGCGAGCGGCGGAUAAACAAGCGCGGUCAGCACGAGCGAGACACGGCGCCGUACAGAGAAGUCUCGUGCCCGUGAGGAGGAGACGGCGCUGAAGCCCUCCAUGGCCUCCAAGCUGAACCCCAACGUGCUGUACGUGCGCGAACCCCAAGGCGGCGGCGGUGGGGACGCGGGAGAUGAGUCCUCAGACAGCGACGGCGAGCAGGAGGAGACCUGCCACAAGCUCAUCAGGAAAGUGUCCACUUCCGGUCAAAUCCGCGCCAAGAAGAGUGUAAAGGAGGGUCUCCUGUUGAAGCAAACCAGCUCCUUUCAGAGAUGGAAGAGAAGGUAUUUCAAGUUAAGGGGCAGAACUCUCUACUAUGCCAAAGAUUCAAAGUCUCUUAUAUUCGACGAAGUGGACCUUUCAGAUGCCAGUGUUGCAGAGACCAGCACCAAGAACAUCAACAACAGCUUUACAGUGAUCACUCCAUUCCGCAAGCUGAUGCUAUGUGCAGAGAGCAGAAAGGAGAUGGAGGACUGGAUCAGCGCUUUGAAGUCUGUACAGAAAUGGGAGACAUAUGAGGCGAGUCAGUUUAACAUGGAGCAUUUCUCCGGGAUGCAUAACUGGUACGCCUGUUCCCACGCUCGCCCCACCUUCUGUAACGUCUGCAGGGAGGCACUGCCUGGGGUCACUUCACAUGGCCUGUCAUGUGAAGUGUGUAAAUUUAAAGCUCAUAAACGAUGUGCUGUCCGAUCCACGAACAACUGUAAGUGGACCACUUUGGCAUCCAUAGGAAAUGACAUUAUUGAGGAUGAAGAUGGGGUGUCCAUGCCUCAUCAGUGGCUGGAGGGGAACCUGCCGGUCAGUGCAAAGUGUGUGGUGUGUGAUCGGACCUGUGGAAGUGUGCGCAGACUGCAGGACUGGCGCUGUCUCUGGUGCAAAGCCAUCGUGCAUAGUAGCUGCAGGGAGCAGUUGGGGAAGACUUGUCCACUGGGUCAGUGUAAAGUGUCCAUCAUCCCUCCCACUGCUCUCAACAGCAUCGACUCUGAUGGUUUCUGGAAAGCUACUAGUCCGUCCUGUUCCAGUCCUCUGCUGGUGUUGGUGAACAGUAAGAGUGGAGAUAAUCAGGGAGUGAAAUUUCUCCGCAAGUUCAAACAGCUACUCAACCCAGCGCAGGUCUUUGACCUCAUGAAUGGAGGACCGCAGCUGGGACUGCGACUGUUCCAGAAGUUUGAGACGUUUCGGAUCCUGGUGUGUGGGGGUGAUGGCAGUGUGGGUUGGGUGCUGUCAGAACUGGAUAAACUGGGACUGCACAAGCAGUGUCAGUUGGGCGUGUUGCCCCUCGGUACGGGUAAUGACCUUGCGCGGGUGCUGGGCUGGGGUGGACUGUGUGAUGAUGAUGCUCAGCUGCUGCAGAUCCUGGAGAAACUGGAGAGAGCUACCACCAAGAUGCUGGACAGAUGGAGUAUAAUGACAUAUGAAGUUCCCACGAAGAACACUCCUGCUAUUGUUAAGGAGGAUGAUCCACUAGAUUCUCCACUCCAGAUUACUCACUAUGCUGAUUCUGUUGCCACCCAUCUGACAAAAAUCCUGGACUCAGACAAGCACAGUGAUGUCAUAUCCUCUGCUAGGUUUCUGUGUGGGACAGUGAAUGAUUUUGUGGCUGAGGUUGGUAAAGCUUAUGAGCGAGCCACAGAGAAUAAGGAGGAGGCAGAUGCGAUGGCUAAAAAGUGUGCAAUGCUGAAUGAAAAGCUGGAUUCUUUAGUGCGGGCGCUAAGUGAGGAGGCCGAUGCUCAACUAGUGCCUGCCGGUUCCCAGUCGCCUGAGCAGGAGGGUGAGGGGAGCGGCUCAGACACACCAGGGGUCCCCAGACCCUUUAGAUCCAGAGAGCAGCUGAUGCUGAGAGCAAACAGCCUGAAGAAAGCCCUCCGGCAGAUCAUAGAGCAAGCAGAGAAAGUGGUGGAUGAGCAAAACAGACACACACAAGUGCAGAGGAUGUCUUCCUUGUCAUCAAUCAAAAGAGGCAGCAGUGAGGACCUCAAGGAGGCAGAGCCACGUCAAAGUGCAAUUAGUCCCACCUCCACUGCUCCCAUAGUGCUGGAGAAACCAGAAAGCUGCAACAGCGCAAUGCCUUUCACUGAGGAGUCUGUGCAGUGCACAGAGAAAUGUGUGAUGAAUAACUACUUUGGGAUCGGUCUGGAUGCCAAAAUCUCUCUGGAGUUCAAUAACAAGAGGGAUGAACACCCUAAGAAGUGCAGCAGCCGCACAAAAAACAUGAUGUGGUACGGUGUACUGGGGACUAAAGAGCUGGUCCAGAAAACCUACAAGAACCUGGAGCAGAGAGUGCAACUAGAGUGUGAUGGAGUACCCAUGUCAUUGCCUAGUCUUCAGGGUCUGGCUGUGCUGAACAUCCCCAGCUAUGCAGGAGGCAUCAACUUCUGGGGAGGAACCAAAGAGGAUAAUAAUUUUGGAGCUCCGUCAUUUGAUGAUAAGAAGCUGGAGGUGGUGGCAGUGUUUGGAAGCAUGCAGAUGGCCAUGUCUCGCGUCAUUAACAUACAACAUCACCGCAUUGCACAGUGUCGGCAGGUUAAGAUUACCAUUAAAGGUGAUGAAGGAGUUCCUGUGCAGGUGGAUGGAGAAGCCUGGAUCCAACCGCCUGGCAUCGUGCAGAUCAUCCACAAAAACCGUGCCCAAAUGCUGACCAGAGACCGGGCGUUUGAGAGCACACUGAAGUCGUGGGAGGAUAAGAGGAAGUAUGACAGCUGCCGCUCCACCCGGCCACGCCUCAACUCCCAGCAGUCCAUGGAGUAUCUGACCGAGGAAGAAUGUGCUCAGGUCCAACAGCUCGGCCUGGUGGCCGAUUCACUCAUCAACAGGAUACGGGAGGUUGCAAAGACUCAUAAGGUGGUGGAGCAGGAGUUGGCUCAUGCAGUGAAUGCGAGUGCUGCUGUCCUGUCUGAGGCGUUCCCCUCCAAACCCUCCAGCCCUGAGUGUCUGAGUCGCAGCACAGCUGUAGAGAUUGUAAACAGCAGUAAAGUGCUGCAGCUGGAGACUCGGAUGCUUUUAGAAGGAAAGCUGCUGCAGUUGGAGGCUCCUCAGGAGGAAGAGCUGCUCUCCACACUCAACUCUCUCAGUGCUGAAUUAAUCAAACUGGAGGACAUCCACUGGAUCUGUCCCAGCAUGCACUGCUCUGAGGAGGACUCGUCCCGGACCAGUACUAAAAGCAGUAUGAAGCUGAAGAUCAUGCCCAAAGUGAAGAAGGAGAGGGAGAAGCUGCAUAAGCAGCGCUCCAACAGCUCUCUCUCAGGAUCUUGGGAUAUCAAAAGUGGGGCAUGUGAAACGGAUCCUGCAGGCAAUUGAAGAGCUGGAGGGUCUGCUAUAGUGUUCCAGUGCUGUCGGACACCUCUUUGCCACGGGAAGCUGCCUUUCACUGAGCAACAGGCGUUUAGUCGACUCUAAACGUGUGUGUGAGCAGCUUUGAGAGGCAUAGCAUCACAUCAUGUGCAUCGACGUUCUGGUCCUGUUCUCUCUUCGUUCUCUGCCUGCUGGUGGUUUCGGUGAUGCUGAUCGACAGAUGUUGGUUAUAGACUACAACUCCCAGAAUCCUUUUCUUUCCUCUCGCUUUCCUUAUUGGUUCCUAUUACCAGUGUGGUUUCUUGUCCAUCUUCCAUGCAUGAGAUGAUUGUUUUCUUUAUCUUGGUCAUAUUCAAAUUUUUUCCUCCUUUCUUUUUAUCUAUAUUGACGCGUUCAAAGCCAUGAGACACGAACUGGAAAUCCUUUCUUUUAAAAGGGGGGGAAAUUAGUCUUCUCCUUUUGCCGGCAUUUGAACAAUGUUAAACGAACAAGAACCACAGGACAUUCUAAAUGAAGUGCAACAAAACAAAACAAAAAAAAAGCAUCUUGAAUGUAUCGUGGACUUUAUUAUCUGUCAAAAUCAGCAGAAUUGCAUAGUAGCUACUUCUGUCUGUAUCUAUUCAAAGACAGUUGAUGUUCUCUGCAUGCCUUUCAAGCCCACAAUCCUUGAGCAGAAAAAACAAAAGCCGCAAGACAUUUUUUUUUUACUAUUUACUUUUCUCUUCCGUUGUCGGCAAAGUUGUGCUGUUGUACCACUCGUGUGCCAGGUGAGCUGUUGUUCUAGAAGCUUUCAGUGACGUAAACUUGUGCCAAGUUUUUUUUUUUAUUAUUAUUAUUAUUCAGAGGAAUCUCAUUUAGGAAAGAAUAAAUCAUGCAGUGUCAUACAUUUCAAAAUGUAUUUUAUCUUACUGCCUUGCACUUUAAAGAGGAAAUGUUUUUUUUCGGAAGCAAACGAACGAUGUGUGUUGAACAUUUUCCUGUUUUUAAGCAUAUUAUGAAAAGUGUAUCCCUAUUUAAGGCAAAUCUAUUGAGAAAUGUGUAACAGAAGACUAAUAUAUUGUCAGAUUUAAUGAACAUUAGACCCAUGUCUCUAUUUAAAGGGCUGGAUUUCAAUCUUGCAUAAGGUUUGAAUAUUUCCAUGUUAUAUAAUGUUAUAUAAUCUAUGUGGAAAUCAGUCAUUUUCUUAGCGUAAAUGAAGACAAACUUUGAUUCUGAAGUUGAGUAAUGUAUGGCUCAAGAUCAGCAUUUAUAAAAUGACAGAUAAAUUGUCUUUAGGGUGAAAUACAUGUGGUACAAUUUUAAGUUUUCUCCCAGAACUGAGGCAAAAAGGGAAGCAUAAAUAACAAUCAUUCACAGAUGUUCGUGAGCCAACGUGUAACAGUAUUUCUUGAAUGGAAGGGAAAAAAACAAACAAAAAAAACAAACAAACAAAAAACAAAACAAAAACGGUCUUGAUGCAAACUGUAAUAAUUACAUGUGUGUGUAUGAAGAUUCUCGCUGUGUGUGAUCAAAGCUCACUGUUUGGAGAAAAAUGUUCCAGUUGUCUCCUAAAAGUGUCAAACUAUUUCAAUAGUGUUAGCAAAGCAAGGUACAUGGAAAAACCAAUGGUUCUGUGACCCACAUGAAAACUUUUUUUUUCUUCUAUAAGGGGCACCGAAAAAGAGACCUAUCACACCUUUUUUGGUUAUCCAUAAUUACAGCUAAUAGCAAGACUACUGCUUAAAGUUUACUGUUUACUCUUGAAGUUUAUUAUUUAUCUUUUUGAAUUAUUUAAAAUUGUCAUUUGUGCCAUAUGGGCAGCUUCCAUGGCUCUAGGUCCGUCCCUUGGCUGCGAAAAACCUCUACUCCAGGAUUGUUGCUGUUAAUUUGACGCAAAAAUAAAGUGUGGCCAUCGCUC